AUGGACAAUAAUUUCAACCCGAACAUAAAUCCUAAUGAUGGGAAUGAAGAGGAUGAAAAUUAGGAGUAAUAUUUCAAUCCAAAUGACCCAAAUGAUAAUCUAUAACCUGAAGAUGAUGAAUUUCAAGAUGAUGAAUAUGAUGAUCAGUUUAAUGACUAGGAUGAUGAUGACGAUGACGAUGAGGAAAUUGAUUUAGUUAAACUUUACCAAUAGUAGAAUCCUAAUGGCCUUAAUUAAGGUUAAACUUCAAGCUCAAUCAAGAUUUCUAUACCAGGAUUGAGUAUGGGUGCAAAUACUAAUAAUUUACCACCUCCUCAAUAAUAGCAAAAUUAUUAACCAGAAAAAAUUAUAUUGUAGACUAAUUUACCAGUAAUCUAGGAGGAAUAUACAAAUGAGAGAAUUUAAGAUAGUUCUGAAAUGCAAAUUGAUGAAUGGGCAAAUAUUCAGAGCUAAUAAAACCAAAAUUUCUACAGCUAGUAAUUCUAAGAUUUGGAUCAAGGCUUACCUCCUUCAUUUUAAUAACAUGAAUUUAUCAAUCCAACACCUUCAAACUCAUCUUCAAAUAUUAUUUUGAAUUAGUCAGCUCUCUAGAUUGAUGAAAUUAUCCCUAUAUAGAUUCCAAUACAGUUACCAGAGAUUUAGCAAGAAAAGAAGAAAAAGAGAAAAAAGAAAGGCAAAGGUUCAUUGAUGGAUUUUUAUGAUUUAGAUAAAUGCAAACUCACUUUAGAGUUAGAUCAUGUUAAUAAAAGGCUUAGGGGUUAACAAGAAUUUACACUCAUCCUUAAAGAUAAAGAAUAGAUAAUUGAAAAGAUUGAAAAAUUAACUACUGCAAAACCAUUCAAGAAGUACAUUCUUGACCUAAAAAUUCAUGCAAAAUAAUUGGAUAUCGGUGGAGUUUACCUAAUUGAUCCAGAAAAGUAAUAAUUAGAAGAUUAACAACUUAAAUUUGACUAUCCAAGUACCUUUGAUUAAUCUCAAUUUACCAGGAAGGUCUUUGAGACAAUUAGCAAAGAUCUUCAUUCUUUUGAGACAAAGCAAUAAUAAAUCUAUGAAAAUGAGCAAAAAGAGCCAUUAUUUAUAGUAAAAGCAAUUUAGAUUCUGAAAUUAAAUAAAGAAAAUACUGCUGAUUAACUAAAACCAAAGCUUAAAAUUGCAAUUCUAUAUUUCUUAGAAAAAAUUACUAACUUUGGAAUCUGCUAAAAUACAUUUCCAAGCCAUAUUGAGAAUAGUGGAUAAGAUAAUGAUGACAAGGAGAGUGUUUACUUUUUUAACAGUGAUUAAUGCGACUAAAAUGAAUUAUGGAUGCCUAUUAUUUAAGGUACUAAAAGAUCACCUAUAAGAUGGAAUCUUAGAUUUUUGGCACCUAAAAAUUUCUUCACAGUUGCUUCAGGAAAACUAAUAACAAAGGAAGUAGAACCUGAAGGUCUUUAAAGAACCUUAUUUGUUUAUGAAUUAGAUGACAAUGAGAGAUGUAUUCCAGAUAGAAUAGGCUUUACAAUGGGUCAAUUCUCAAAUAUCUUGCAACUUAAUGAUUUAAAAGAAGUAUGCUAGGGUGGAGCAAUCGUCAUGUUUACAAAUCCUAAAAAGUAUGAAGCCUUUAUAGCAAAUAAAUUCUAUGAGAAAAACAUCACAAACAUUGUCAAUUAUUUACAAAGACUAAUUUAAUAACCAUACCCCUAUUCAUCUCUCAAGUUAAUAUUUGUUCCUAAUCUUAUCAUGAGAGAAUCUAGAAAAUAAAGCUAUGACUAUGCUGGGGGUUUGCAUAUAUUGGAUGAGGAACUUAUUUUCAAUAGAAAUCAACUUGAAAAUAGGUAUAAAACUUUCAAGUAUCUUGCAUCAACAAUUGCUUUCGAUUUCUUUGGGGGUAAAGUUUAUGAAAAUACUCCGGAAGAUUGGUGGCUACUAUAAGGUUUAAGAGAAAGUCUUGGUAAUCACUUCAAAAUCUCAAAAUGCGGAAUUCUUCUCUAUAGAUAUCAUAUAAUGAAAACUAUUGAAGAUAUGUAUAAAAAGAUGAAACUAGGAUAUGAAAGGUAUCCACUUUCAAGCUAAUACUAUCCUCAUCCUUCAGAAUAGAGUUUCAAUGAUUUAGUUUACCAAAAAUGUGAGCUUAUUAUGCAUAUGAUAGAAUCUAUGAUUGAUAAAAGCUAUUAUGAAAAAAUUAUUAGGUAGCUCUAUAAUUCAGCUUAACCAACUAUAUCUCAGGGUUAAUUUCAUAGUAUAUUCAAGUAGGUUUGUGGAUUUAAGCUAAAGUAAUUUUUCUCAAAUUGGAUUAUUUCCACAUCCUGCCCUAAGCUUACAGCAUCUUUCAAUUAUAACAAGAAGAAUAACUCAUUGGACUUGACCAUUUAGUAAAAAUCAGCAAUGAAAAGUUACUUUAGUUAUAAAAGGUUUACUAAGAAUCUUAUAGAAAUGGGAUAAGUCUUUUAAACUCCAUUCACUUAUAAUGGAGUAAAAUCUUAACUAGCAACAGCGAAUCAAAAUGUUGAUUCCUUUUUUGUAGAGCUCAAAAGAGGAUGCAUGAGAUAUUUCACAGGAGAAGUGAAUGUCAUGAUAUAUCUCACUGAUGGAGCUGAAAUUCAAACUCAAUAAUAGAAAAUGAGUUUAAAAUAUGGAAAAAGUGUAGUAUCUGUAAACAUACCACUCCAAUAUAAGGUAAAGAAAACUAUUCAAAAUAAGAAGAAAGAAUAUGAAACGAUGCUGAUGUAUGAUUAAGAAAUGUAGCAAGAUGAUGAAAGCAGACAUGAUGAUGGUAUGAUGAAUAAUGGAUAAAAUGAUCACCACCUAAUCGACAACAAUUAAUGGAAGUUUGGAUUAAAUGACUUUGAGCUAGAAGAUUACCCUUAUGGCACUAAGAACUUAUUCGAUGUGAAAAAUCUUGAAUCCCCAGUGCUCUGGAUUAGAGUAGACCCAGAUAUGGAAUAUAUCAGAAAGGUAAAAGUCGUUUAGGAGCAAAAUAACUGGCUAUUUUAACUACUUCAAGAAAAAGAUAUAAUUGGGUAGAUCGAGGCUCUCAAAUAACUUUACAAAUUUAAUUCAGAGCUAGUAUAUGAAAUCCUCAAAUCUGUUGGGACAAAUGAAAACUAUUUUUUCAAGGUGAGAAAAGUAGCCAUCACAUAUUUGCAAAGAAUGCAAACUACCCUCUUUAACAAGUAUCUCUCUCAUGAAAAGUUCUUAAUUAAGAUUUACAAUCAAAGAAAUUUUGACAAAAAGAUUGGUUUUUACAAAUCUAAUGAUUUUACUAAGGUCCUAGAAUAUUACAUAGACAAGUCUAUUCUUAAAGUUAUUUCCAAAUGCAAAGAAUUGCCACUUGAAAUAAAAGAUGAUGUAAAAGAAUAAUAUCUGAACUAUCAGAAAUCUAUUACCUAAGCAGCUGGCUCAGGCUAAGAAGGAGCAAAUCCAAUAGGCAGUAUAUCUUUGAAUCUAGCAAACAAUGAAGUAAUUAACACUACUACUAAAAAGCCUUAGAUCAUAGCAUAAAGUAAACAGUUUGAUGAAAAUAAUAUCCACACUUCUUCAGAGCAGAUAGGCCAUUUAUUAAUGAAAAUUCUGCAAGAAAAUGAUAAUUCAGAAAAUCCCUUUGAUGAUAGCUUCUUUAUUAAGUAGAUACUUAAAGCUCUUGGGAAUUUAGAUUGCUUUAAAUUACUACCAGAAAUAGCAGCUGAGAUAUAUAGAUAAUUUAGACUUGACUUUAUAGGAAAAUUCUCACCAUAGUAUUCAGUAACUAAAGGAUCAAUUUCUGGUUUCUUCAAACUAAAGAAGUAAAUCUAUAAAUUUAGCAAGAAUAAGGUUUAAAACAUUGAUGAUAGAAUAGAAGAUGUGAAUUGGUUUUACUAGCAGAUUUAGGCUGCGGAGAAUCAAGCUAUCAAUAAGAUGGAAAAAGAUUUGGAGUCUGUUAUUAAUGACGAUAAAUGGCCAUUUGAAGUGAGAUCAUUUGUCUCUAGGUACAUAAUAAAGCAUUGCUUCUUGUAUCAGAAUCUCAGUUUCUUGGUAAGAUUCAAUUAUUUCUAAUUCAAUUCAUUCAUAGAAAGCACUCUAUACUUAACUAAAAAGGGUAGAUUAGUUGUCUGUUACAAAUCAAUUUAAAAUGGCAAUAAAUCAUUUAAAACUUCUCUCUGA